AUGAAUAACGAAGAUUCGAAGAAAAAGGAGCGUCAUAUUGUGACUUGGACACAAGAGGAGGACGUUAUAUUAAGAGAGCAAAUUACUCUUCAUGGAACCGAAAAUUGGGCGAUCAUAGCAUCCAAGUUCAAAGACAAAAGCACAAGACAAUGCAGAAGAAGAUGGUAUACAUACUUGAACUCUGAUUUCAAAAGAGGAGGUUGGUCCCCUGAAGAAGACAUGCUUUUGUGUGAGGCACAAAGAGUAUUUGGGAAUAGAUGGACUGAGAUAGCAAAAGUGGUCUCAGGCAGAACGGAUAAUGCAGUGAAGAACAGGUUUACAACACUUUGUAAGAAGAGGGCCAAGCAUGAAGCUUUGGCUAAAGAGAACAACUCAAACAGCAAAAGAAUGUUGUUCUUUGACGGUAUUGAUACACCGAGAAAAGCUGAGAAUGAAGCUCCUAUUGCUAAGAGAACAAGGAGAAGUCACAUUCUAGAUCAGAAUGUUGAGUCUUGUGUGAAUCAGCUGACAAGCAAUGUGAAGGAGAGUGAAGGUGAAGAGAUGUUUCUUAAGAAAGAUGAUCCAAAAGUGACAGCUCUGAUGCAACAAGCCGAACUUUUAAGCUCGUUGGCUCAGAAAGUUAAUGCAGACAACACAGAACAAAGCAUGGAGAAUGCUUGGAAGGUCCUUCAGGAUUUCUUGAAUAAAGGCAAGGAAAGUGAUUUAUUCAGAUAUGACAUGGAUUUCCAACUCGAGGAAUUUAAGGAUCUUUUAGAGGAUCUUAGGGGUAGUUAUGAAGAGAAUCAGCCAUCUUGGAGGCAACCUGAUCUCCAUGACUCACCAGCUACCUCUGAGUAUAGUUCAGGAUCAACCAUAAUGCUUGAUCAGUCUGGUGACAGAACACAACCAUCAUUGUCUGAUACUCAGACAGAACAUAAACAAGGUGGAGAGGAGUUGCUCUCAGCUCGCGAUGUCCUUAACAAUCCUGAUGAGAAUUUGCCCAUCUCGGGCGAAGAAAAUUUCAGCUCGCCUAUUCAGGUCACGCCAUUGUUCAGAUCUCUAGCAGAUGGCAUCCCAAGUCCACAAUUCUCUGAAAGUGAGAGAAGCUUCCUGUUAAAGACACUCGGGAUCGAGUCCUCAUCUCCAUGUCCAAGUGCUAAUCCUUCACAACCACCCCCUUGCAAAAGAGUCCUUCUCCAUAGCCUGUAA